AUGCCUGUGCGAGGGUGGUCAAGUCUCCGCCUCCUCGUUCAGAAGAAUGGUGCUGGGGACGACAGGCUGCCAACUGCGUAUACCUGUUUCUCACUUCUCCUGCUCCCUCUCUACAGCAGCGUGGAGGUGCUGAAAAAGAACAUGCUGCUGGCCAUCACGAACUCAGAAGGAUUCGGCUUGAAGUGA